GGGCUCGCCUCCUCGUCGGUCCUCGACGGGGAUCCCUUCUUGGACCCCUCCUUCCUGGGGGCGCGCCUCUUCUGGGUCUCUCCUUGGGCGGGGCUCUCUGUGGGUCUCCUGUCAGUGCUCCUUACCAGGUGUCUUCCUGAGGCGGGGACUGCCCUUCCGUGGGCGUCGCUCAGUUCCCGAACGCAGCAACCCCGUCACUGCUCCUGCCUGCAGUCUGUGUUGUUGAUUCACGUCGUUCUAGCAUCGUUCAGACUCCUUCAAGAUGAACGCAGUAUACCCUCAGGGCCGAUGCGCAGGGUCCUGCAACACCUUCCUCUGAGCUGAGAAUCCGGAAGGUGUGGAGGAAACCGACAGGCAGGGAGGUCGGCCUGCAGAUUUCCUGGGGAGAGCCUUCCUCCUUAACUUCUUGCUGUGGAUUCUUGUGGGCGGAAGCGGUCAACUGAGUGGAGACGACCGGGCAGCUUACAAUGCACAUCUAAAAUGCAGGCUGCCUGCAGCUGUCCUUGGCCUGCCUCACCCACUGUGCCUGGAUCAUGAGGGUGCUGGAGGAGAGUCUCUUCUGGAUGCUGCUUCCAACCCUUCACCUGCUGGCAAGUGCCGCAGAACACGAGGAGGUGGCCAAGCACGCGAUCAAGCUGCACCGUGGGAGGGGAGCCACUGCCGCCCAGAGGAAGCAGUGGGUCCUGGACAGCUGCAGGAAGCUCACUGGGCUCCUGCGGCAGAAGAAUGUUGUUCUGAACAAAUUGAAAAAUGCAAUCCGAGCAGUGGAAAGAGAUGCUGGCCUGUCAGAUGAAGAGAAACUGUUCCAGGUGCACACGUUUGAAAUCUUCCAGAAAGAGCUGAAUGAAAGCGAAAACUCAGUGUUCCAGGCCAUCUAUGGGCUGCAGAGAGCCCUGCAGGGGGAUUACAAGGAUGUCGUCAACAUGAAGGAGAGCAGCAAGCAGCGGCUGGAGGCCCUACGUGAAGCUGCCAUCAAGGAAGAGACAGAAUACGUGGAACUUCUUGCUGCAGAAAAACACCAAGUGGAAGCCCUUAAAAAUAUGCAGCACCAAAACAAGAGUCUGUCCAUGCUAGAUGAGAUUCUUGAAGAUGUGAGGAAGGCUGCCGAUAGGCUGGAGGAGGAGAUAGAAGAGCAUGCUUUUGAUGACAACAAAUCUGUCAAAGGGGUCAACUUUGAGGCGGUUCUGCGUGUGGAGGAGGAAGAGGCUAGUUCAAAACAGAACAUUACAAAGCGGGAGACUGAGGACGGCCUGGGCCUCAGCAUGCUGAUUGAUUCACAGAACAACCAGUACAUCCUGACCAAGCCCCGAGAUGCCACCAUCCCACGUGCAGACCACCACUUCAUCAAGGACAUUGUCACCAUAGGAAUGCUGUCCCUGCCUUGUGGCUGGCUGUGCACGGCGAUAGGACUGCCCACCAUGUUUGGUUACAUCAUCUGCGGUGUGCUGCUGGGGCCGUCGGGACUGAACAGCAUUAAGUCUAUUGUACAGGUGGAGACAUUAGGAGAAUUUGGGGUCUUCUUUACUCUUUUUCUUGUUGGCUUAGAGUUUUCCCCAGAAAAGCUGCGAAAGGUGUGGAAAAUAUCCUUGCAAGGGCCAUGUUAUAUGACAGUACUAAUGAUUGCCUUUGGCCUAUUUUGGGGACACCUUUUGCGGAUCAGACCCACCCAGAGUGUCUUCAUUUCAACUUGUUUGUCCUUAUCGAGCACACCGCUGGUGUCCAGGUUCCUUGUGGGCAGUGCCCGUGGAGAUAAAGAAGGUGACCUGGACUACAGCGCUGUGCUGCUUGGCAUGCUGGUUAUGCAGGAUGUGCAGCUGGGGCUGUUCAUUGCCGUCAUGCCGACGCUCAUACAAGCAGGGGCCAGCUCAUCUUCCAGCAUUAUCAUGGAAGUACUGCGAAUACUGCUCCUGAUUGGUCAGAUUCUUUUCUCGCUAGCUGCUGUUUUCCUCUUCUGUCUUGUUGUAAAGACUUAUCUCAUAGGACCAUAUUAUCGGAAGCUCCAUAUGGAAAGCAAAGGGAACAAGGAAAUCCUCGUCUUGGGAGUAUCUGCUUUCAUCUUUUUAAUAUUAACGGUCACAGAGCUAUUGGACGUCUCCAUGGAGCUGGGCUGCUUCCUGGCUGGAGCGCUGGUCUCCUCCCAAGGCCACAUGGUCACCGAGGAGAUCACAGCUUACAUUGAGCCCAUCCGGGACUUCCUGGCCAUCAUCUUCUUCGCAUCCAUAGGGCUGCACGUGUUCCCCACCUUCGUGAUCUACGAGCUCACUGUGCUGGUGAUCCUCACGCUGGCAGUGGUGGUCAUGAAGUUUGUCUUGGCAGUGCUCGUCUUAUCUCUCAUCCUGCCCAAGAGCAGCCAGUACAUCAAGUGGAUUGUCUCCGCCGGGCUGGCCCAGGUCAGCGAGUUCUCCUUUGUGCUAGGAAGCCGGGCACGGAGAGCAGGCAUUAUCUCUCGGGAGGUCUACCUCCUCAUUCUGAGCGUGACCACCCUUAGCCUCUUGCUGGCCCCGGUGCUGUGGAGAGCUGCAAUAACAAAAUGUGUGCCACGACCAGAGCGCCGUUCCAGCCUCUGACAAUGUGGAGGGAGGGAGCCCUGUCGUCACACACUCCUGAAGCCUUGGCAUGGGGACAGUGACACUAGCAAGGAAGCAAUGUCUUCAUGUUUGCCUGCUUUUACAGAACACUCCUCUCAUGUUUUAGAAUUUUCUAGAGUAAUUUAUUUGCAGUCAGUUGAUUACACACAGUAGUCAUAAUACUGCAUUUUAAAAAUCGCCUUGACUAUUUUGCCUGGAUGUGCCUUUUUUUCUGAAAUUAUUAACUUUUCAUUGUUAAUUCAUCAGUUCAUGAUUUUUGGUAAAGAAGAAAUUUAGCUUUUUAAUUUAUUGUUCAAUUUUAGAAUGAUAAUCUGUAGGUCAAAUAUUUGUUAGUAAACAUAUCUGUGCUGUGAGAUUUUAAUUCUGAUGAGUUUUGAAGUUUACUUUAGAUCCUUAAAGUCUAUGUUUUCUAGUUAAGAUGAAUAUCUUACAGAUAUCUAUUUGCCUCUUAUAACUAUUUUAAAGAAAAUACUUACGUUAAUAUCAAGUAUAUCACUCAUAAAAUACUUGAUUUUGAAUCACAAGGGUAUGGUCAUUCCUUAAUAAAGACCAUUUUUGAUCAGGGUAUAAUUAUAA